UUUAUCUGUCCAAUGUAAUUUAGAUUCUGAAUGUAGUUUUGUAAAUAUUAAGUCUUAUACUGAUGAUUUUUUUCAGAAUAGUUAACGAUUUUCUGUUUAUUUUCCCGCCGUUUAAUGUUUUUGUCAGAAUCUCUUUUGCAGUUAGUGAGUCGGUAGUGAGAUAUCUUAUUUUGACUUAUAAAUAUUUUCCCGAUUUAUUUAAAUUAAAAGUGAAUGUAAUACUGAAUAGUUUCAAUAUUGUUAAAAAUAUUAAACUUUAUUCGUAGUUGAUAUAUUAAAAUUGAUAGGUUAGAUUGGUAAGAAAUUAAUUACAUACAUAUACAUCUUGAUAAUAGUAUUUUCAUGUAUUUGUUUUUUGCUUUGCGCGCGAAAAAAACAAUUUGUUUAUGUUUUAUUGUCAUCAGUUAAGAAAUAUAUAUACAAAAAUGUAAUAAAAGUACGUAUUAAGUAAUAUUAAAAUUACAUAGAAGUAAAAUUACAUAGAAGCAAUAAAAAAAUAAUGAAAAUAAUAAGACAACUUUAUCUUGUUUAUAGGGCACUUGUUAAAAUGAAACUUCAUUGCAAUGUAGAAGUGAAUAACAGAUUAUUUGCAACAAAUGUAAUAAGAAGGAGAUCACAACGUUCUAUUUUAGUAAUUGGAAGACAAACAGUAAAAAAUACAGAGAUAUAUAUUCUUUGGCAAACAUUACAAAAUAAACAGGGUACUAAAUAUAAGGUUAAUAAUAAUAUAGAUAAACUAUAUACAACAUUUAUUGAUGAAGGAAAAGCUACAAUUCGCUUUAUAGAACCACCUCAUGAUUUAAUUAUUCAAUCUGAUAAAAUUCAACUUAAAAGUUUUAUUCAUAUCUUAAAACUCAUACUAACUAAAAACAUUAAUCCAUCAGUUCUUGCUGUUUCAAAUUUAAACCCAAAAUGUAUGUCUUCUUUACCAAAGAUUAAAGUGGUGGUUAAUAAAUCUUCUGAGUAUCCAACUUUAGAAGGUUUUCCAAGGACAACUGAAGAAUUAUAUUUAGUAGGAUUAAAUAGAAAAUCAUUUGACAGACAAAUUUUAAAACUUCAGAGCUUAAAAGUUUUGAAUUUGUCUAACAAUCAGAUUUCAUCUUUACCAAAGGAAUUAGGCACAUUACAGCAUCUACAAGAACUUAUUUUAUCACAAAAUCGACUUGAUAAAAUUUUAAAAUGGACAUGGUUAGAUCAAGUUGCUAUAAGAUCAAACCUAAAACUAUUGGACAUAAGUAAUAACUUGUUACGAAGAUUACCAGAACAAAUUGGAAAGCUUGACAGUCUUGUUAGUUUGACAGUUAGUCAAAAUGUGUUAUCUUACUUACCGCAAAGUCUUGGAAAGUUAUUUAAUUUGAAAUAUUUAGAUUUAUCAAAAAAUAAUUUGCAUUAUUUACCUGGAAGUAUGAAGAAUUUACAUCUCAUUUCACUAGAUGUAUCAAAUAAUGAGUUUUCUUUUGUAGAUUCACAUUCUAUGUGUAAAAUAGAUGUUCCGAAUUUAACUGAAUGUGCAGCCAGAUCAUUUCUGAAAAUAAGGUGCUCAUAUGAUGCAAGCAUAAUUCCAUUUACGUUAGUAAAAUAUUUAGAUGAAGCAAAGUAUUGCAUCUGUGGCAAUGCAUGUUUUCAUUGUUAUAUAAGAGAAUUUGUAAGAUUUCCUUUAAGUAUAAUAGCAAAUACUAUAAAGUCAACAGAAACUACUCUUCUACCAUUUGAUUGUUACUUCUGUUCAAUAAAAUGUGUAUCUUAUGCAAAGCUACAAUACUAAAAUAAUUUACUUGUAAUAAAAUAUUUAUAUUAUUUUGUAUCACAAUGUGUAAAAAUAUUUAAAAAAGUAUUAUUAAAUAAAACACUAUAGGGAAAAGUAAAAUUAAA